CAAUGCAUAUGUCCGAUUUUUAAAAUUCAACAUUCCACCUUCAUUUCAAGAUACUGGAACCGUAUGUUUUAAAGUCAAUACUCACAACUUGGUUCACGCGAUCGAGUGUUUGUGCAAGGAAACAUAUAAACACAUGGAGUCAUCUGUAUAUAUGAAACUACGUGAGUCUGGAGAAAAAUGGAUUCUAAGCCUUCAACGCGAGGACUCU